AUUUUAUAUCAUCGACCAUUCAAAGGAAAGCCUCUGCUCAAAACAGCUGAUUUGCUCAGUUGACCACACAGGACAAAAUAGUGUCCCGUAAAGUGCUGACGAGCCUUCUCAUUGUUCUGGAUCACAAUGACCCAGGUCAUCCGUGGGUUAUAAAGGCAGGGAGGAGCCCAAGGCUGCUGAAAAAAAGGCUAGGCGACACAAUGGGCAAGAUCGUCUUCUACGAGGACAGGAACUUCCAGGGCCGCUCCUAUGAGUGUAGCAGCGAAUGCAGUGACUUGCAUUCCCACUUUAGCCGCUGCAACUCCAUCAGAGUGGACAGCGCUAGCUGGAUGGUCUACGAGAGACCCAACUACAUGGGCUACCAGUACUUCCUGAAGAAGGGGGACUAUUCAGACUACCAGCGCUGGAUGGGAUUCAAUGACUGUGUGCGAUCCUGCCGAAUGAUCCCUAUGCACAAAAGCGCUCACAAAAUUAUGAUCUACGAGCGCCCAGAGUUCGGAGGCCAGAUGAAGGAGCUGACAGACGACUGCCCCUCCCUGUCCGAAACCUUCCACUUUAACGACAUCUCCUCCUGCAACGUGAAGGACGGAUCCUGGAUCUUCUACGAGCAUCCCAAUUACAGGGGGCGCCAGUUCCUGGUACGCCCCGGUGAAUACAGGAGGUUUAAUGAGUGGGGAAGCAUGAGUUCUAGGGUGGGGUCCAUUAGACGCAUCACUGUGUGAGAAGCUGAUGUAACUCUGUUUAUGUCAAGUACUGUCAAUAAAUAAAUCUACCACAUAA